CUACGUUGGAUCAAUGAAAUCAUUUAACCAACAUGGCGUUGUAUGUUGUCGUUUAACAAGUUCCUUGAAUACGAAAAAAUGUGCAGUUCGCCGACUUAAUGACACUAGAAUCAUUUAAUUUCUAUCGGUGACUAAAGUCAACGAAUCACCAUGGAUAUUCGUGGCAUCGAAGUCACCAACCAAUUGAGGAGUGCUAUUCGUGCGAAACUUCUCGAGCUUGGUGUUCGGUAUGAUGAAGAGUUACCAGACUAUAUUCUGGUAAUGGUUGUCAACAAGAAGUCUCGGCAACAGAUGCAUGAGGAUUUGCAUCUAUUUCUGGAAGACAGCACAACUCCGUUUGUGGAAUGGUUACACGAUCAAGUUUUAAAAAAGUUACAAAAGGUCACAGUUGCAAAGAAGAAAACCACACGAGAGUUUGUACCAACAGUGGUAGUCAAGCAGGAAGAGGAAAGAAGGAAACGUAAAAGUAGUGCCACGACCUUCCUAGAUGAUCAAGUUAUAAAUCCGAACGGAGAAAAGCCUCAAGAUAAACUGAUAAAGGAAGACAAAAUCUCUGAGAAGUCUACAACAAAAUCUUCAACAUCUGAUCAGAGUUCUGAAGAAAAUCAGGGCAAAAAUACUGAAAAGAGUAUUAAAAACACAAAUGCCUCUGAUAGCAGAUUAGAAACCACAUUGGUAGUAACAAAUCGUGAUAUCGAUAAAUCUAUCUCCAUAAAAAAAGCUCCAAAUCAGACCAAUGAACCAAAGAAUUCCUUGAAUAAUACUGUAAGUAUAUCGACGGAUACUCAAAUAAGUUCAAAGGCAGUGAAUGUAUUUUCUAAAUUUGCCAAAAAGGACACUAAUGUAUUGGAUAAGAAUAAUCAUACUGAGAAAACUUUGAAAGCUGCAAGUUCUAAAAAUUCAGAUGAUAAUGAAAAGUUGAGUGACGAGGAAGAAGAAGACAUUGACGAUAAUGGUGGAAAAAAACUAAAGUCCAGCGUUAACAAACCAAGAAUAACUUCAGUAGUAUCUGUCAAAAAUCGUCUCGGUAUAGUAUCUCCUAGAAAAAAGUUUGAAGUUCACAGAGAUAGAAUGGGUUUUGAUACUCGCUAUCGACAGUCUGAAAAACGCGUUAAUAAUCGCAGAAAUAACUUCUCCCGUCAAAGAACCUUUGAUAACGAUGAUGUCUUCCGCAGAAAUCGUGAAUUCGAAUCCCGAGAUCGAGAUUCCGACAAGGUUAACGACGUUAAAAAUCGACUGGGUAUUUCCAAGGAAGAAAAAUCUAGCAAAACCAUAGAGUCAAAGGACAAGACUUCGACAUUAAAAUUAAAGUUCACUGAGAAAUCCGCUGUUACUGUCAAGGAUCGUUUAGGCGUUGCAACUAAUAACAAAGUUCAAAGAGAUCCUACUGCAAAAUCUAAGGAAACAGUAGAAUCGCAAAGAAUCAGUAAUGUUAUGACUAAUAAGAACAUAAAAAAUAGAUUAGGACCUGUGAAGAAUAAUUUCAAAGCGCUAGACAUCAGACGUGUUCACAGAGCAAAGACAUCACAGAGCAGUGAGGAUGAUGACUGUUUGAAUAUUGGUGGAGAAGAUGAGCUUGACGAUGAUGCUCAAUCUGUUAUAAACGUUGGUCCACUCAAAUCACACAUAAUAGCUGUAAAGCGAACAAUGCCUGACAGAACCGAAAGGAAGCGACUAAAACUUCCUGAGAAAUUUGAUAAGGACAUCUCAAGUGAUGUUGAGGAUGAUAGUAAUGACGAUGGUAAAAUAGCGAGUAAAGUUAUUGUUACACCAAGGCCUUUAAGGCCGUUACCACCAGCACAAAAACGUGCUACUCAAUCUUUAUUGUUAAGAGCAGUUGCAGAAGCUAAUCAAUCUGUGGUUAAACAGAAGAAUCCAGAGCCUGUGUUAUCGGAUAAGAAGCCACUUGUAAAACCUCUCAAGCCAGCCAGUUCGCGAGAAGUAGAUCAGAAUCUGUUAGUACAUUUGAAUGCUAGCAAAAGGUUGGUCAUGCGGAAAAUACGAGUGGAUAUUAGUAACAAGAAUUGCUUUCAAAAUCAACACAAGUCUCACUUAGCGCAAGCUGAUGCUGAUGAACAAAAGGGAGUAUUGAUGUCUUUAUUUCAAAGGAAUGACGAUAAUCAACAAUUUUUAGUUACAUUAAAUGGAUAUAACAAUAAUAUUAGUAAACAAAAGAAUCUUUCUGACGAUGAGGAACGUUUGGAAAUGGAGGUAAACGAGGGUGAUGAAUUUACACUUGAUACUAUACAGACCGACAUGUAUGUACAAAGUGAAUCGUGUUCCAAUACAUUGCCUUUGACGGACAUCGAAGAGGAUCUUGAUAUAAGUGAGGAUAAAGGCACCGAAGAGAACAAUGAAAAUUGUAACAUUGAAAAUGUGGAAGGUACAGAAGAUGUACCGAGGAAACGAAGAAAAUUAAGUCCAAUAGUAUUCAACAGGUCUCGUUCGCCAAGUCCAGCAAAAACAAAACCCGCCACAGUGGCCGUUCCAGCAGCGAUUAAAAAUGUGCGUCCUUCCGUAGACGCUACUUUGCCAGAGACAGUUGAGAAAUCCAGGGAAAAAUGCCGUUAUUGGCCCAAUUGCACUUUAGGAAGUAAAUGUGCGUUUUCUCACCCAGCAGUUCCCUGCAGCGCCUUUCCAGCAUGCAAGUUUGGUGACAAAUGUGCUUAUAAACACCCGAAAUGUAAAUUUGGAUUAUCUUGUACGAAAUUAGGCUGUGUAUUUUCGCAUCCUACACAACAGUGCAAGUACCAUCCAUAUUGUACCAAACCAGCCUGUCCGUAUUCUCAUCCCCCAGCAGUAACAACCCUUCCCAUAGAAGCUACAAGUCAGAGAGCCAAAUUUACUUGGCGAAGACGCGAUUAGAAUGUUGAAUCAUAGGGGUGAUGAACACCUAUGCAAAAAAAAUCUAAUAAAAAAUUCCAUAUAUCGUAUCGUUAUUGGAAGAUGAUCCUAUAGUGCGACAACGUUUUAUCCAAUUAUCUUGAGCGAAGUAACGUCAGUUACUCAUGUAAUCAUACCCGCUAAAUACUUCACUUGGGUAAUUAAAAGUCACAGUAAUUAACGAGCGAUCAUUUGUAGACGAUGAAAUUUGCUUACCAAUUAAGAUCUCGUACCUAAUCAUGUGAAUUGCCAUUCGUGCACUUCUAGCAUUAACUGAAUGUAUCGAAUGUACCUAGGUGAACAAAGAAUUACAAAAAUGAUACGUAACCUUAGGAAGAUGUACGUUUAUUAAUUACUAUUAUUAACGGCUGUAAAAGUAUUGACUAUUUAUUAUCCGUCAUCCAGCAAUUUGUAAUUAUAUUCCAUUUAUGUAUUCGACAAGAAGCUGUUAACAUACGUAUGUAUGUAACAUUAAAAUAUGUAUAUUCCUAUUAUUGAGAUAUAGCGUUUAGGUAUACAAUAAGAUUUUUCUUUGUUUCAGAAUAUUUUUCAUUUGCUACCAUCAAUUAAUAAACAAAAAAUUCAACUACCUUUCUACAAUUUUCUUUUCGGAGUAUCUUUUGAAGAUUGUUUACCGAUUGAGUACAAAUAGGCAAUAAAUCGUUAAUAAAUUAAUAAUCACUAA